GAAUUCUCAACUUGUUGCUCAUCACUAUAUAUUUCCACUUCACUCUCUCUGCUCCGUGCGAUUGGGACUGUCGUCAGCUCUUUUAGGCUUUCUCUUUCUUUAUUAUUAUUGGUAAGCCUGACAGAACACAGCGUGAAAACCUGAAGGAGAAGCGUUAUACGACACCACGUACUCGCUCUUGCCCUCAAUCUCCGCUCCCUUCUUCUUUUUGCCGUUCACCCACUCAAUCAGCUUGUGCUACGACGCCUUUCUUUGCUCCUCUCUUGUUUCUCUUUUUUUUUCUAGUAGGAAUUUGCUGUCGUACUUCCCUAGUGUACCUUCUGUGAUUUCCAUUUUCUCUCCGUCUGCGGAACUGCCUUGGUCUUUCUCCCUGUCCCUCCCUUCUCUCCCCCGGUGCAGCCACCACGCCAAAAUUAGUACUAUCAUUUAGCUCCCCUCACCGAGAAGAAAGCAUUGUCGAAGGAUCUUCUUUCGGCUUGUCUCUUUUUCCACCCCACAUCUCCCCUCGUGUCUGUCGUACUCCCACGUGUGACUGCGGGCAGUCGUGUGUGUGUGUGUGCGUGCGUAGCCGCACCCUCCAUUUCUAUUUCUUCUUUCCGUCUCUUCGUAUUCCAUCCAGCGUAGCCUGGAGAUAAUAAUAAUAGGCACACAGGCGACGAAACUCCCUUCUCAAGAGUUCACCCAACCGGCACGAAAGACACGUCACCAGUUCACCCGCGUGGAAUACAGCGUUGUUGACGCAUUUCUCUUCACAGUUUUGCUUUUAUACUUUCCCUUUUUUCUUUUCUGGGUAGAAAACGCCCUAUUCCUCUCCCUUCUCUCUUGAGGUUUUUUUCCUUUGAUUUUCAAGUUUCCGAACUUGCGACGAUGUCCUUCAUGCAGAUGGCCAGCAACACCUCUUCUCCGGCCCUGCAGGCAGCAGCAGCGCCAGCGCCGGCGGCGGCCGCCAUGGGCAGCAGCUGUGGCGCGGUGGGCGGCUACGCCACCGACCCCGAUGCGCUGCGUAACCUCAUCGUGAACUACCUCCCGCCCCUCAUGAACGAGGCGCAGGUGUACGAGCUGUUUGGCCAGUUUGGCAAGAUCGAGAGCGUCAAGAUCAUCUAUGACAAGAUCACCGGCGAGAGCCGCGGCUACGGCUUUGUGAAGUAUCAGUUCUUCUUCUCCGCCACCUACGCGGUGUCGUGCCUGAACCGCUUUGAGAUUGGCGGCAAGAAACUGAAGGUGGCGUACGCAAACGCGCAGGCGGCGAAGGAGGCAUACGAGAUGGUGCGGCUCUCCACGAUGGCCCUGAGCCUGCAGCAGCAGCAGGCGAUGCAGUCGAUGUACUUCAACCAGAUGAUGCUCUCGCGGGAGGAGGGCGCGAACACGGCGCAACUUAACGGGGCAGACGGGGGUGAUUUCUUCUGGAAUGGCAUGGGUGGCGGCUACGCGGCGAGUCAGCGCAGUGGUGCGUCCUCGUCGAUGGGUGGCGGAGGGGCGGCGGCGGCCUACCACACGCCCUCCGUGCCCGGCGCCGCGCGAUCUUCCAUGGCGCCGAUUACACCGAUUGGCUUGUAA